GGCAAACGGGCCUCUGGGUCUCUCGCUGCCGGUCGGCUGGCGACCCCCCAGCGGAGGGACCGGGCUGAACCCGCGGACCCCUCCGAGUGUCUCCCGGGACCCAGCCGUUGGGACCCCAUUUCCCCCGGGUCCGGUAUUUGGGGUGGUCUCUGUCUGCCCCGGUUCAUCUCCACCGUCUCACCUCCACCCCAUCUUGGGACGUGAAACUUUUUGAAAGUAUAAAGCGAACUUACUGUAGGACCAACUUGCUUCCAGAUUGCCUACAGCUGGGGAGACAAUACCAACACGAAGACUGCAGAUAACCCAUGAUGAAGUGCUAAGUUGUUUGCUAUGGUAGUAGCUGGAAUUCAGAGGGGAGAGACUUAUGGCUACCAGAUCCAAGAUAGGUUCUGUGAACAAGCUCUCACGUGUGAAUAUGUGUCUAGUGCAUCCUUAACUUAAGGACUUCACCAGUUCGAAGUUACAGUUUUCACCAUCAACUACCUUAUCCUUUCUGUUCUGGUUUUCUUCCUCAAACAGUGGAAGGAUUUUUAAAGUUGCUUUUGUUGCAGAGUUAAACAAAUGGCUGAUAGUGACUUAUAUAAAAAAUCCAUAGAAUGCCCUUACUGUUCAUCUGCUUCUCAGAAAGAUGUACUUUGUGUGUGUUCCAGCAAAACAAGGGUUCCUCCAGUUUUAGUGGUGGAAAUGUCACAGACGUCAAGCAUUGGUAGUGCAGAGUCUUUAAUUUCACUGGAGAGAAAAAAAGAAAAAAGUAUCAACAGAGACAUAACCUCUGGAAAAGAUUUGCCCUCAAGAACCUCAAAUAUAGAGAGAAAAGCAUCUCAACAACAGUGGAGUCGGGGCAACUUUAUAGAAGGGAAAGUUCCUCACAUAAGGAUUGAGAAUGGAGCUGCUAUUGAGGAAAUCUAUACCUUUGGAAGAAUAUUGGGAAAAGGGAGCUUUGGAAUGGUCAUUGAAGCGACAGACAAGGAAACAGAAACGAAGUGGGCAAUUAAAAAAGUGAACAAAGAAAAGGCUGGAAGCUCUGCUGUGAAGUUACUUGAACGAGAGGUGAACAUUCUGAAAAGUGUAAAACAUGAACACAUCAUACAUCUGGAACAAGUAUUUGAAACGCCAAAGAAAAUGUACCUUGUGAUGGAACUUUGUGAGGAUGGAGAACUCAAAGAAAUUCUGGAUAGGAAAGGGCAUUUCUCAGAGAAUGAGACAAGGUGGAUCAUUCAAAGUCUCGCAUCAGCUAUAGCAUAUCUUCAUAAUAAUGAUAUUGUACAUAGAGAUCUGAAACUGGAAAAUAUAAUGGUUAAAAGCAGCCUUACUGAUGAUAACAAUGAAAUAAACUUAAACAUAAAGGUGACUGAUUUUGGCUUAGCGGUGAAGAAGCAAAGUAGGAGUGAAGCCAUGCUGCAGGCCACAUGUGGGACUCCUAUCUAUAUGGCCCCUGAAGUUAUCAAUGCCCACGACUAUAGCCAGCAGUGUGACAUUUGGAGCAUAGGUGUCAUAAUGUACAUGUUAUUUUGUGGAGAACCACCCUUUUUGGCAAGCUCAGAAGAGAAGCUUUUUGAAUUAAUAAGAAAAGGAGAACUACAUUUUGAAAAUCCAGUCUGGAAUUCCAUAAGUGAUUGUGCUAAAAGUGUUUUGAAACAACUUAUGAAAGUAGAUCCUGCUCACAGAAUCACAGCUAAGGAACUACUAGAUAACCAGUGGUUAACAGGCAAUAAACUUUCUUCCGUGAGACCAACCAAUGUAUUAGAGAUGAUGAAAGAAUGGAAAAAUAACCCAGAAAGUGAUGAGGAAAACACAACAGAAGAGAAGAGUAAUCCGUCCACUGAAGAAAAGUUGAAAAGUUACCAACUCUGGGGAAAUGUCCGUGAUGCCAAUUACACUUCAGAUGACGAGGAGGAAAAACAGUCUACUGCUUAUGAAAAGCAAUUUCCUGCGACCAGUAAGGACAACUACGAGACAUGCAGUUCAAGUUUCACAUCUAACAAACUCCUUCCAGCUGAAAUCAAGGGAGAAAUGGAGAAAACCCCUGUGACUCCAAGCCAAGGAACAGCAACCAAGUAUCCUGCUAAAUCCAGGGCCCUGUCCAGAACCAAAAAGAAACUCUAAGGUUCCCUCCAGUACUGGACGGUACAAAAACAAAGCUGCUGUUGUUAGCACUUUGAUGAGGGGGUAGGAGGGGAAGAGGACAGCCCUAUGCUGAGCUUGUAGCCUUUUAGCUCCGCAGAGCCCCGCCAUGUGUUUGUACCAGCUUAAAAUUGAAGCUACUUACCUCCAAAGCAGCAUAAGCUGCACGUGGCAUUAAAGGACAGCCACCAGUACGCUUGGCUGUGGGCUGCAGGGAAAAUCAACUCAAGAUGUACACGAAAGUUUUUUAGGGGGGCAGAUACCCGCAAUUCAAGGCCGUGGGCACACUUGCUCAUUUUUACUUCAAAUUCUUAUGUUUAGGUACAGCUAUUUAUAGGGGAAAACAAGAGGCCAAAUAUGGUAAUGGAGAUUCCAAAUGAUACAUGCACUUUGUACUAGAAGACUUUGUUAGAAAAUUACUAAUAAACUUGCCAUAGGUAUUACAGCAGAAGUGCUUCAUUCACAUGUGUUUGUGAGAUUUUAGGUUGCUAUAGAUUGUUUAAGACAACUUAUUUUAAACGUAGAAAGAUAGGAGAUUUUGUAACUGCUUGCCAUUAACUUGCUGCUAAAUUCUCAAUGUAUUGAUUAAAUCAAUAAAAAACAGAUGUUACUCAGCA